AUGUCUACUACUCGAAAACGUGGUCGUCCACCAAAAUACGCCUCAUCAGAGGAACGGGAGGCUGCGAAACUUAAACGGCAACAAAACCGGCGGGAGACCGCGCGAGCUACUGAAUAUAACGCGUUCUCUACCGAAUUCUGCUCUGCUAGGCCAUCUACAAUUUCCAAUCCCUCUAUCGCUCAUAUUACUGGCAUAGGGGCGCCGUCGGUAACCCAUGAACUGGAAGAGUUGCUCCCGCCGUUGAGCCCCGGUCCAGCUCCUCUCGAACUUGAAGAUAGCUAUAUACCGAUUGACGAGCCACCUCUAGAGCUUAACAGUUUUGAGCCUGUCGCUAGUCCCGAGCCCGAGUCUGAGCCUUCAUCGAAUUUAGAGAUCCCAGUUCCUAUCCUACCGAUUUCCGAAUCUCGCGAGGAUAUUUGUACGCUGGCACGCGCACUUGCCGAUCAGCUAUAUCAGCAUUACGGCUGUUGUUAUAAGUGCCAUGAGCAGGCACAUACGGCGCACCAAGAGACGCAUUCGGUUUAUACUGGGCUUGGGGACUACGUGGACCAGAUUAAUAUCGACAGAGACUUUCCGGAUGUACUAAGCUCGACGACAAUCGCGGUCCGCGAGUCUAACCUUGCCCAGCAAAUUCCUAAGGUACGGAAACAACAGAUCUACUACGGAACGGAUUCUCGAGAUCCCGAUCGAUUCCCAAUACAUCUCUGUGUGGCUGCCGACUAUCGCCCAAACCCUUCAUUGGGUAUUACCGUUGAUAUCGAUAGUGUGAGAGGAUUUACAAGUAGUUUAGCCGUAGCCCGUCGGGAGAUCCGAUGGCAUCCUACGCAGAUGGCAGUUUCUGACCUCCAGUCAAGCCUUCAUUUAGAUCCGAUUUCGGUCCAGUUUUUCGAUUCAACUGGGCAGGCCCAUAGUGUGCGCCGGCCUGUCCAUCAAGUCCCGCAUUAUACCUUUGGUCGCCUGGUUGGAUUCGAAGAUAUAUCUCUGUAUCUGCUCUUUCCCCGACUCUACCGGGAAGGUCAGCAAUCCAGCCGUCUGUUAGACCAGGAUUUCAGGCAGUGGAUGGACGAGAUUCUCCUCCCGAUCAUCAAUUGCUGUUAUUCCGGCGAUCUUAUUCAACACUACCCCUCUAGCUUUGACCAUAGCCGGCUGAACGCGACCGCCCGGGGCGUAGAAAUGCGGUCACAGCGAGUGGAUCCAGUCGCCCGUGAGCAGUUGCUUGUCUACUUUCUUCCUCCAGAAGCGCUCCCUACUAUCUGGGAACGGAUUCUGGAGGUAACGAAACGCCCCAGAUGCCAUCAGUUUCAGGACGUCAGGAUUCUAAUCGAAAGAAAGAAUCUUAAAAUACUGACUAAGGCGAAUACAUUGGGCGAGCUGAUCGAGGGCUUUCAAUAA